UGUAUCAAUGUUAACAAAAGAAUGUGAGGGCAGACUUGGCAAACCACCUUGUGACUACGCCAUUAUUGCCCUCGGCUCCGUAGCACGUAUGGAAGCAACGCCUUUUUCAGAUUUGGAGUUUGCCAUUCUAUACUCGGACCCAGCUAUAGGAGACAAGAUCAACUACUUUCGAGUAAUGAGCCAUUUCCUUCAUUUGAAAGUUAUUAAUCUUGGAGAGACCAUCCUACCAGCUUUGUCGAUUCAAGAGCUCAACGAUUUUCAGUCUUCAGAUCCCAAUAGCAAUUGGUUCUAUGACUCGGGAACGCCUCGGGGCAUUUCGUUCGAUGGAGCAAUGCCGUGGGCGUCCAAGACUGCACUGGGAAGAAUGGCAACGAAGCAUAAGCCUGAAUUAGAGUUGAUCAGAACCCCAGAAGGAAUGGCCGAAUUUCAAGAUGAAGAAAUUGCCGUGAAAGAAGGUUAUCAUUUGGCUGAAAUUAUGUCGAGAGUUGCUUUACUGUAUGGAGACCAAGCUUUACUGAACGAGUACAACGAACGAGUGGCUGAAAAAUUGAAUGCAAAAUCAUCGAAAACAGGAGAGAAGUCUAGCAGUAAAACAGUAGGCGUCAUUCGAGGAAUGCGGCAAAUGGUGGAUGAUGUGCAAACCUAUCAUCCCUUCAAUUCCUACCUUGGACACCAUUGUAAUGCAGGUGCUCUUUUCGAUACCAAGAAACAGUUCUACCGUCUAAUCUCGCUACUUGUUUCGGAUUUGGGAAUGAUAUUCGACGUUAGAUCUCCCUCCCCUUGGCAGGUAAUUUCUGAAUUGCAGGCUCGCGGAAUCAUCUCUGUGCCCGAAAGUCUCAACAUCAAAGUUUGUAUUUCGAUUGCUAAUGAAAUACGACUGAAAACGUACUUUGCUAAUAACGGACAGAAAGAACUGUUCUCUCCUGUUCCUGAGUAUGGGAAUACUACUACCGAAGAAUCCGCCGAUAUCCCUAUUUUCCGAGAUUUCGAUGAAGAUAUCUUAGUCCGUCUUCUAAGUACAAGUAAUAACUUGUGUCUUCGUUGUCAUGUGUUUUGUUUGAAGUGGAUUAAACAUGACCACAUAGAUGACAGAAUAUUUCAGAAUCCAUAUUUUGUAAUGCCGAAGGCAGUGCAAAUGGGCCAUCUUUACUUUCGACUGCAAAAUUUUCAUAAAUCUUUAGAGUGGAUGAAAUCUGCACCGAAAGAUAGACCGUACUACGCAAGCAGUCUUUCUGGACAGGGCAAAGUUUAUCUUAUAUUUGGAGAAUAUGCCAAAAGCAUCGGAUGUUUUGAAGAAGCGCUGCAAUUCAUUGAAUGGGACGAGUACGAGUCAGGUCCACAUGUGAUUUCAUGGUAUAAUGAUCUAGCAUAUGCACUACUACGAGUGGGAAAAUAUAAAAUGGCUAGAAUGAGGUUGGAAGAAGCGGUUUGUAAGCACAAUGAAAUGUAUAACGAAGGAUCUAAGACAGUCUUUCUCAGCGGUCUAAUGCAAAAUCUUGGCGUUGCCUAUGGUAUGCUUGGUGACACUGCUUUAGCUGUAGAAACAUAUAAUGAAGUACGAGAGAUAAACAAGGGAUUAACGAAGGUUCCUGAUGCGCCAGUGAUUUAUCUAAACAUACACAUGGCCUUCGCAUUAAGUGAACUUGGUCAACAUGCACAGUCAUUGGAAUACAUAGAAAGAGCGUUACAACUUAGUCAUAAGGUAUUUGGUGCAAAUAAUCUCAGUAUUCACUUGGCUGAUAUUUAUCACAUUGCAGCCGUGGUGUAUGGUCGUUGUAAUCUGAAUGACAAAGCUGUGUCUUUGUUUAAACGAAGUCUGGAGUUGUACAAACUUUUAUUUGGCGACAAACCCUAUCCAGGUAAAAUGAUGGUCCUCGGUGAUUUGGGACAGUUCUUUGCUGAAAGAUGUCAAACGAACAAAGCCGUAGAGAAUUUGGAAGCUGCUUUAAAACUGGCGAGAGCUGUCUAUCGUAAAAACCCCCAAGUAUUUCUUGCUAAAAUACUUAAUGAUCUAGGAACGAUAAUUGGUAAUUUGUUGAAUGCUGAGAGUGUGAAGAAUUUCCCCCCUGAAAGGUUGGGGCAAUCACUUCUAUACUUCCAAGAAGCGAAAGAAAUCAUGGAUGAAAUCCUAGGACCAGGUCAUGCACAUCCAUACACUUCAAAUACACUUAAUAACAUGGGAGCAAUUUACCUCGAACUUGACGAUUUGUCUAAAGCUCUUCAAUGCUUUAAAGAUGCUUUUAACAUUAACUCUGUAAUUUAUGUAGAAGAUAGCAUUUGUGGUAACAUGACAUCUAUCCGUUCAAAUAUCGCCUACACAUUGGAGAAAAUGGGCUUCUACAACGAAGCGAAGGAUUACUACAUCAAAGCUGUUAAAAUCGCGAGAAAAAUGUCCUUGAACAAGAAGACCUGCUCCAUUGUUCUAGUCAAUCUUUAUCGCAUAAGCUUGAUCUGUGAAGAGUUUGGGGAGCGAGAUGAAGAGUUAAAGCAUUUAGAAGAAGCGAGAAAGAUUUCAAAAGAGACUCGCUGUAAAGAGUGGUGUAAAGAGUGGGUGAUGGUAUGUAUACUGGUACAAUUAAUGAGGAAAUACGCCAUGAUGGGAUCCAUCGUCAAAAGCAUUGUGUAUUAUCUAGAAGCACGAGAGAUGGCAAAAAGCUUACCGACAGAGGAUUUUCUUCCACAGUUAAUAAUGGAUGUGCUAAAAUUAAUGGAAAUUUAACUAACAGAAGCCAUGUUACAGAAGCCAAAAAACCGAACACAAAUUGUACAACGGCAAAGCGAUCGUUUCGCCAAGCAAAUCACCUCCCGUUUCAAUGUCGUACUUUGGUAGCACAAAACACUUUCAGUUCUCGUUUUUGUUGCCAAUGUAUAUAUAAUGGCUAUGUUUAUUUUAUACGCUUCGUUAAAUCUCGGUAACCGCGGGCUCAUGUGAAUAGCCGCUCAGUUCGGUCAGAGGGUUCACCGAAAUCCCAUGCUUGAAUUCCGGCAUGGCUGUAGGUUCGAUUACUUUACCAAAGAGGUUAUAUAUAGUUGGUACUGUAGCCGUUAGGAGGAGCUGUUCUUAACAGCUAGUGGAUGUAAUUCGAUACACCGGUCUAUACAUUUGACUAAGUCUAACUACAAUAUAAAUACAUACCUUAUGAAGACACGUGUGACAUCCUAAUCGUUAUUG